AGGUGCGAGAGGCAGGAGGAGAUCGAGCUCCCGGACAGUCACUGCGGUAUGUGCCCUCCUCUCUCCUCUCUCAGUGCCUGAAGCUGCUCGGUGGUGGUGGGACGGCGCCUCAGGGCAACAACACACUGACAGAUCUGUUAGGGCCGCUCUGCUCUGUGAUCGCUGUGGGACGCCUCUGGGGUUGACUCACCGUCUUGGGCUUUAACUUUGGGUGGUUUCGGAUCAUCCAUGUGCGCAAGCAACAGCUACGGAUACGGUCUCGGUGUGUGUUCACGGCUACAGAGCAGAAGCGGAGUUCCUGGCGUUCGCUGCAGCAGGCGGUGGAGCUGAGACCCUUCAGCCCGGAGUCUGAGCCAGCAUUGAGCCGGGGACGACCACUACAGGAAUCGGCAAUGUUGCCCGCAGAAGAAAGAGGAGACUGUUGGUUGCAGUCGUUCAGCAGACUCUCCUCUCUUAUGGACCAUCACGCAUGAGCUAUUGCUGUUAAGGAUGAUGCAUUUUCCCAACCUGGCCCGAUCAUCAGCCCACACCGUCACAACUUUGCAGAUAAGAGAAUAUUUCCCUGGAUGCCCUCGCAAUCUACAACAAGUGAGAGCGAGGCUUUUUCUGUUCUGAAAGACUAUAGAGAGAUUUUUCCUGAUUGGCUAGAUUGAACUUUGACGAUGUUGAGGUUCAGACCAUGACCCAGGAGUAGCACUCGAUAGAUAAAUGAAUGAAUGAAGUGAUUCCCGGGCCCACAGUGUGAAAUUGACCAGCUUCUUUUCGCCGGCGCGCUCCUUUUCUCCUGCACAUUACGUCAUGCCCAUUGUUGUGGUCCGCCCGACCAAUCGGACGCGCCGACUGGAUUCGACGGGAGCCGACCGGGGCCAGUCUUGGCGCCAGGAUUUCCCGUGCGCAGGCGGCCCAGCCCGUUCCUGCGGCUUUAACAGCUCGGACAUGGAAACCCCACUGCAGUUCCACGGUGUGAUCCAGGAGCAGCAGCACCACCACGACUGGAUCAGAUGUAACGGUCCGCAUGUUCCUCCUCCUCUUCCUCCUCCUCCUCCUCCUACUACUACUGCUGCUGCUGCCGCCGCUGGCGAGAACCUGUUCCUCCGGAAUUCCUCCCCACUCACUUUCAGGACCAGUUCUCCCCUCUCCUCCUCCUCCAGGCAAGGCAGUCAACUGAACGGCAGUGAGUCCUCCGCCAGUCAUGCCAGCUCUUCGAGGCAGGCUGCUUUCCACCAGCACUGCCGGCAGCUCAGUCCCAGCAGCAACCGCAGGGAAAGCAAUCCCUUCACCGAAAUAGCCAUGAGCAGCUGCAGGUACAACGGCGGGGUCAUGCGGCCGCUCAGCAACCUGAGUUCGUCCAGGAGGAACCUGCACGAACUGGACUCGGAAUCGCAACCUCUUCAGCCCAUCUUCACUACGGUCGCCCCGGAGAUCGUGGUCUCUAAGCCAGAACAAAACAAUUCCACGACGGCCGUUUCCUAUGGGGGCAGCGGCAGUGCCGGGGGAGGAGGAAACGGUGGGAAUCACAGCAAAUCGAGCAAAAAGAAAAACAAUAAUAUCGGUUACAAACUGGGACAUAGGCGAGCUUUGUUUGAGAAAAGAAAGCGAUUGAGCGACUAUGCCUUGAUCUUUGGUAUGUUUGGGAUUGUAGUGAUGGUCAUUGAGACUGAACUUGCGUGGGGGGCUUAUCAAAAGGGCUCGCUGUACUCAUUAGCUCUGAAAUGCCUUAUCAGCCUUUCGACGAUUAUAUUGCUUGGUUUGAUCAUUGUAUACCACGCGCGGGAAAUUCAGUUAUUCAUGGUAGACAAUGGCGCAGAUGACUGGAGAAUAGCCAUGACUUAUGAGCGGAUUUUUUUCAUCUGUUUGGAAAUUCUGGUAUGUGCUAUUCACCCAAUACCUGGAAACUAUACAUUCACGUGGACAGCACGCCUUGCCUUUUCAUAUACAACAUCUACAGCAAUAGCAGAUGUGGAUAUAAUCUUAUCAAUACCAAUGUUUCUUAGACUGUACCUAAUUGCCAGAGUAAUGCUGUUACAUAGCAAACUUUUUACGGAUGCUUCUUCAAGAAGUAUUGGAGCACUGAACAAAAUAAACUUCAAUACCCGUUUCGUAAUGAAGACUUUAAUGACAAUAUGUCCCGGAACAGUAUUGCUGGUUUUCAGCAUUUCUUUGUGGAUAAUUGCAGCGUGGACUGUCCGAGCUUGUGAAAGAUAUCAUGAUAAUCAAGAUGUCACAAGCAAUUUUCUUGGAGCAAUGUGGCUUAUUUCUAUCACCUUUCUAUCUAUUGGCUAUGGUGACAUGGUACCGAAUACAUAUUGUGGGAAAGGAGUUUGUCUACUCACAGGGAUUAUGGGAGCUGGCUGCACUGCUUUAGUUGUGGCUGUAGUUGCUAGGAAGCUGGAACUUACCAAAGCAGAAAAACAUGUUCAUAAUUUUAUGAUGGACACACAACUGUCUAAGCGAGUAAAAAAUGCAGCUGCCAAUGUUCUCAGGGAAACAUGGUUAAUAUAUAAAAACACAAAACUAGUUAAAAAAAUAGACCAUGCAAAAGUGAGGAAACAUCAACGCAAAUUCUUACAAGCCAUCCAUCAGUUACGAAGUGUAAAAAUGGAACAAAGAAAAUUAAAUGAUCAGGCAAAUACUUUGGUGGACCUUGCUAAGACGCAAAACAUUAUGUACGACAUGGUCUCAGACCUAAACGAAAGGAGCGAAGACCUUGAGAAAAGGAUUGUAACGUUGGAAAAUAAGUUAGAAACAUUAAUAGGGAAUAUCCAAACUCUGCCUGGCCUGAUUAGCCAGUCAAUCAGCCAACAGCAGAGGGAAUUCUUUGAAACUCAGAUGCAACAGUAUGUCAAUCAAACUGCCUGCAGUGCUGAGCGGUCACGCUCAUCAACCAGAAGGAGAAGGUCCUCAUCGACAGCCCCGCCAACUUCAUCGGAAAGUAGCUAGAAGUGAACAUUUAAUCACAAGACAAACUUUUUUUUUGCCAUCAUAUGGUUGAUAUUUUAGCUUUUAUUGUAAAGCCCUAACAAUACUAAACAGUGUCAUCUGGGUUCUGAUAUCAGAAUCCAGGGAACCUGACAAAAAUAUUUUAGGCCAAAAGGAGUGAAUUCUCUCCUUCAGUUGCACAGUGAAUGCACCGAUCCUGCUAUCUAGAUUGUUUCUUCUGUACAAUUUACUUGACUUUUUACUCACGCACUUCAAUUGACUUUACUAAUAUAUAAUACAAUAAAAAGAACUUUCUGGAUAUUUCUGGUCAGUCAGUUUAAGCCCUUUACUUCAUGGGCACAGCUGUAACAGAACUCAGGUGCUCAACCAUAUGAACAAGGAAAUGUACUUUGUUCCAAAAAUGAAUAUUACGUAAGUAAUGCUUUUUAAACUGCAAAUGAGAAACACCAUUUAUUAAAUUGUUAAACAUAAGCAAUGUUCACCUUUUCCCAGAAUUUAAAAGAAAUGAAACUUUUUAUACAUAUUUAUUGAGAAGACUGUUAAGAACAGACUGUUACAGUGGAGUUUACUAGUUAUCACAUACAAUUUAUCUGCUAGCUUGUGAUUUACCUUAAAUCCAUGAAUAAAGAAUAGAAGUUAGAAAAAUUCAAGAGGGGAGUGAUCAAAUAAAGCAGGGAGAUCUACAUAGUAAUGCUUUAACAAUACAAUGUAUAUCACAGUCAUGUUCUGCUCCAGAGGUACAUUCAAAAGCCAUCAGCACCACUGUGUACUCAGGAUAAGUACUUGCAAAUUAGAGAGCUUUUUGCCAGAAUUAAUAUUCGAGGGCCGAACCGACUAUCUGUAGAGUUGUAACAAAUAUUGCCCUAUCUGAGGACUGGAAAAUUGAGGAUAAGAACCAGAUCAAGAAAAGGAAAACAGGAAAAGUUAAUGAGAGAGAAUUCAUGAUGGUAGUGGAAAAGAGUCUCAUUCAUAUUCUACCUUGUAUCUUGCACCAGUUUUCGUUAUUCCAAGAUGAAGACAUUCUAGCAUCUGUUACUGAACAACACAUGUAACUCAAUAAUCGAUAACAAGAGCAUAUAUUUAAUUUGAUUAAGGAGUAAAGAAAACUAAUAUAUUUUAUUUUAUGGUCAAUUUAGGAAGUGUUAUAAAUUAUUUGUUAUGUUGGUAAUGCAGUAUAGAAUCAUAAUAUUUCACUGAAAUAUAACAAUACUAGUACUGUCCAUGGUAAUCAACAGUUGUAAGUCUGAGGGCAAAAAUGUCAUCUAAAAUGUCCAUAAUGCUUCUCAAUGCUCAGAUUACAGAUUAUGAGUUAGGUUGCACAGGAAUUCUUCAUUUUAAAUAAUAUUUGUGUCAAAUGUAAUUGGAUGCAAACAAAGAUCUGAAAUUUAAUCAAAGGAUGCUAUGAAAAUGAGAGGCACAUUGGCUACAGUGGGUUGAGAAACAUGUUAAUACAUUAUGACAGGAGACACAUAUAAUAUGGUUUACACCAAACCUAUGCACCAAACCUUUAAAUCACAAAAAAGGCAACUUUUUGGAGUCAAGCAUGAUGAACAAAGGAAGGCGAAGACUGCAUUAAAUCAAAGGAGAAGGCUAAUAAGGGUGUCAAGAGUAAGCCUGAGUAUUAGGAACAUUUUAGGCCUCAACAUUGAAGGUCAAAGAAACUGAUAAAGAACGGACAAAUAGAAUAUAAACUAGUAAAAACUAUAAAAACAGACUUCAAAUACUUCUAUUGGUAUGUAAAAAGGUAAAAGAUUAGCAAAGACCAAUGUGAUCUGUUACAGGCAGAGACAGGAGAAUUUAUAAUGGGAAGUAAGGAAAUGGCAAAGGGAUUAAACAAUUAUGUUGUCUCUGUCUUCACAGAGGAAGGUAGGAGAAAUCUCUUCCAAAGACAAAAAAUCUGUGGAACUAGUAAGAAUGAGAAACAGAAUAAAUAGUCUUAUAAAGAAGGAUAUUGGAUAAGUUCAUAGAAAGUUGACCAAUCCCCAGGAUUCAAUGAUCAACAUUCCAGAGUUGAAGGAGGUAGUUGUAUUGAAGUUGGGUGCACUGGUGGUCACCUUGCAAACUGCUGUAGAUUCUGGAAUAGAGCUUGCUGAUUGGCUGGUUGUAAAUAAAGCCACAAUAUUUAAGAAAGGAGAGAGGGAAGCAAACAGGGAACUAAAGACUUGUUAGCCUGUUGUAGUCGGGAAAGUUCUACUGUCUAUUAUAAAGGAAGCGAUAACUGGCCACUUGGAAAGUAAUAAUCUGAUUAAGUGGAAUCAACAUGGAUAUAUGAAAGGCAGAUCAUGUUUGACAGGAGUUUAAUGAGGAUGUAACUAGAAAUAGACGUAGAAAUAGACAUAAAAGAUAGUAAGAACUGCCGAUGCUGGCAUCAGAGAUAACACAGUGUGGAGCUGGAGGAGCACAGCAGGCCAGGCAGCGUCAGAGGAGCAGGAAAGACCAUAAGACCAGAAGACAUAGGAGUGGAAGUAAGGCCAUUUGGCCCAUCAAGUCCACUCCACCAUUUAAAUCAUGGCUGAUGGGCAUUUCAACUCCACUUCCCUGCACU